AGUGAAAAUCUUCAUCAAAAUACUAGAUUAAUUUUUUGAAGUCUUCUUCCUAGCCACAGCUUAAGCUGUGGCUUCAAUUCUACUCUAAUCCGCUCCCCUGGUUCACAUUAAACCCCUUUCAACAUCAAAAGCUCCAAACUUUCUUUCAUUCAUUCGCAACAUUCAGCAUUUUACCAAAAACCCAUUUUCAAGAUAACGCAAUAUUCACAAUUCCCGAGAAUUUCGCGCCGUCUUAUGAAAAAUGGAAAGAGUUGGGGAGAGAGAGAGUUUCUUGUUCAACUACGCAGCAGAGAGACCACAUGAGAGCCCUGGCAGUAGUAGUAGCAGCACUAUUGUGCCAAGAAGAAGAAUAAACUCUGAUGAUGUUGAUUUUAAUGAUGUUUUUGGAGGGCCACCUAGGAGGUUUUCUGUUCAAACUUCUGAUGGGACUACGAGUGCAGAAGAUGCUAUGUCCAUUCGCAGUUUUAGUAGCGAAAAGCCGGUUUUCGGUGAAGAGGCUAGUGUCAAUAGGAGGAAGAAUCACCAGAGCAAUGAUUUCUUUGAUGAUAUUUAUAGAAGUGGUGAUACUCUUGGAAGGGAUUUUGGCACUUCUUUGCCUGCUUCUCGAAUAAUGAGUCCAUCUCGUCCCUUGCCACCAAAUUCGGAGCCUUUCGGAGCUUCACUUCCUGCUCAUUUUAGCCUUCCUGCCACAUUAACCAACAGUAUGGACUAUCCAACAUUUGUUUCGAGUAGCUCAUCCAAGAAGGAAGGUAAUGCGAAUGGAAGAAGUUCUCCAAGUUAUAAUCUUUCUCGGUUUUCAAGCCAAACAAUGCAAGAACAGGACCACUUUAAAAGUGAUGUUUGGUCAUCUAGUCAUGCAAGCCCUCUGUCGAAUGAAUUUUCUCCAAGGAAAGAGGAAUCAACAUACACAGGAAAACCUAAUGACACAGAAAGGAGAGGAGAUUAUAGUGACUUUUCAAAAUCGACGGAAGCUCCAGUUUGCAUAAGUGAGUUUCAUUUCUCUAUAUACAAGUGGCCACAAUAUGAGAUACCAGUAGUGAUCCCUCUUCAUCAAAGGAUUAAAUUAAGAUCAAAAGAUAAGGAUAAGCCUAAUAAAAGCUAUAGCUCUAAAGGUAGGGCAAAUGAGGACACAGUUAGCGAGUCACUACCAACUCUUACUUCCAAUAUAUCAGUCAAUUCGAAGUACUCUAAAAUGCCAUGUGAGGAGCUAGAAGAAGCAAACACCCUUAGUAAAGAAGAAACAUUCCGCUUUCCUAAGGAAGAAGUUAUAAGUCAGCCACUAGAAGCUUUGAUAUCAAGACGUAAUAUAAAUGAGUCAGAUGAUACUGUUUUCAGUAAUAAGAAAGAAGCUACUGUGUUCACAGAAGAGGUUCAGAAACCAGAGUUGAAACGUGUGCAUUCAAUCAUACACGAUCAGAUUAAUCAACAAGGUGGAGAUAUUACUGGUAAGGCAGAAGGAAAAGAUAAUGUAGCAAAAACAGCCAAAAUAUCUAAUUUAAAUAUUGGUGCUAGUAAAGUUGUUAAGGAAUAUGAAGUGGAAAAAAUUAGUUCACAUAAAAAGGAAGUGAAGAAAGCUAUUAGUUCACAUAAAACAGAAGUGAAGGAAGCUAGAAGCCUUGGCUCACCAAAAAAUGAAACUGAAAAUCUAAAAAAAGGUGGAGCUAGGGGAAAAGUCAAGGAGUUCGCGAAAUUUUUUACUCAAGAAUCGAUUUCAAAGAAAAGAAAUAAUUCUGAAGCUCGAACUCAGAGCUGUAGAUGGGAAGGAAAUAUUACUGGUACAGCAGUUAAUGAUGUCAGUGUUGCGCAUGCUAGCACAUUUGAGAUGGACACUGAACUGCAUUUGCCCGAUGCCAGCAAACUGCCAGAUGCUUCCUUUGAGGUGGUUGAAGAACUUGAACAGCAGGAGAAACAACAUUUUCCUGGGAGCCCUAUAAUCCAUAGGAGUGCAGAAAAAUCUUCUAGUGAGGAGCCUAAUAUACAUGCUGCAGAGCCGACCGCUGAUGGCUCUAAAUUUACUCCCGAUGAAGACAUAGAUGAUCUAUCUCAAAUGAAUUACAUGAUAGAAGAAUUAUCCGAGGAUCAGGUCAAUCUUUCAGUGACUAGUGAAGAUCACGAGACUACUAAAGCUUUGGAUGCUAAAAUUUAUAAAUGGUCAACCGGGAAGAAAGGAAACAUUCGUUCGCUGCUCUCGACUUUACAAUAUGUUCUAUGGGCGGAGAGUGGAUGGAAACCAGUUCCACUUGUGAAUAUAAUAGAGGGAAAUGGGGUGAAGAGAGCAUAUCAGAGGGCUAUGCUCUGCCUACACCCAGAUAAACUACAACAGAAAGGCGCUACUCCUCAUCAAAAAUACACCGCUGAAAAAGUUUUUGAUAUAUUGCAGAAAACCUGUAGUUCUAUAUCAAUAUGGGAAGUAGGACAUGGGUAAGAUCUAUAUGCCGAAUCCCUAAAAUUAUGAAUAUUAUGAACUUUUGGAUACUGAUCCGGAAUUAGAGAUUCAUGCUAAGACUAGGCAAGCAUGCAUGAAAGCUAAAGACACAACAUUUUUACGAUCUUAAUAUGGGGUCAUAACUAGAAAUAUUGAAAUACAGUAUAUGGCCUGCGAAUCGGAUAAGCUAUACGUUGAACCGUAUUACAAAUUCAUAUCACGGAAAUAAGCCACACAGAGACCUCAGUUCGUGAUAAACAAGUAGUAAUGAGGUUAAGUGUCUGGUUUCAAUAUGAAAAAUCUCACUCAAACUCAUGUUGGUUUCACUGUAAGAAUCAUAACUAAAUGUCAUACCCAUAUCCAUGUCAUAUCGGGUAUAUUGACAAAAUAACAGAGUCUGUAAAAGGAGAGCAUAAGACUAAUCUUUAAGAAUCUACACUUCAAAACAACUCUUUCAUUUGUUGACCUCUUUCUUUCUACCAACUGAUCAUAGGUAUAGAACACAUUCAAGGACAUUUUUUAGAUAUAGUAUAAUGAUAUAAUGAUCUGUAUAUUAUACUGUGCUAUUUGGUGAUACACCUAUUGCUAGACCUGAGCUGUACUUUUGGUGAGCUUACCUGUUUUAUAAUUAUAUUUUGUAUUUUUUUUCAAAAAAAAAUUUGUCUCUACUGUGCAAAUGAUUGUUUUCUUCUUGGAGAUUGCCAUUUUGUCCCCUGCUUGCACUCAUAGCUUAUGUGUAUUUGAAGAAAAAGCAAGCAAUUUCUUGAAAGUUUCAAGAGACUCAGUUAUUCCAUGAUAG